UUUUUUUUCUUGUCACUACAUCUACAACUACUGCUACGACUAUAAGUACUACUAUAUAUACUACAAUUUUUAAUUUUUACACCAAUGCUGGAAAUCUACAGGAAACUUUAAGGGGGUUAAUAUCACAUGUAAAGACGGAACCGCUACAGCAAGCAAACCCCGGUUCGGAAGAGCGCCCUCAGUCGAGCUCUGAAACCCGGCUAUCGGACAGUUCAACCACCGCGGCGUCCGCCGAAGCUGCCUCUCACCACAGCCUUGCUACACCUCCGCCGAGGAAACCGACCACAAUUCAGCGAGCAAAAUUCCAACCAGACAUGCCCUGUGUGCAGGCCCAGUAUGGCCCCUCCCCACCUGGCUCCAGCUAUGCCACCCAGACCUUCACCUACCCUGGGGAGUAUAGCUCUGACAUCAUGAACCAAGACUAUACCAAGCUGGGCAUGGAGCUGGGAGGAGGGGAGAUCUCCGCCGCGGCAGCCACCACCUCGCUGCCCAGCUUCAACGUCUUCGUCGAGGGCAGCUACGAGCCCAAGUCCUCCUGCCUGUACCAGAUGCCCAGCCACAGGCCUCUCAUCAAAAAGGAGGACGAGCCCUACCCCCCGCCCCCACAGCUGCCCCUGGCCCAGUCCGAGGACGCCAUGCCCAGUACCUCAAUGUACUUUAAGCAGUCGCCCCCCUCGACCCCCACCACCCCCGGCCUGCCUGGCCAACCCGGGGCUUCCUUCCUCUGGGACGACCCCCACAACCUGCCCCCCGUGCCGCAGACCUGCAUGGGCUCCAGCCCCCUGAUGGAGUCGGGGCCGCUGAAGUCGCCCCGCUUCCCCCACUUCUUCGAGCAGUCCCCGCCCCACGGCAGCUACGAGGCGGGCCUGGGCCUGCCGCUGCGGGCGGAGAGGUCUCCCUCCUCGUCCUCGUCGGCUGCCUCGGCCUCCUCCGUCCCCCACGCGCCGGGCCUGGAGCCGCACAUGUACCCGCUGCACUUCCGGCCGCUCGGCAUGGGCCAGUGCCCGCCCCUGCUCGGGGAGAGCAGCCUGCCGUCGCCGCCCAGCCGCUCGUCCUCGGGUGAGGGCACCUGCGCCGUCUGCGGGGACAACGCCGCCUGCCAGCACUACGGGGUCCGCACCUGCGAGGGCUGCAAGGGCUUCUUCAAGAGAACAGUGCAGAAGAAUGCCAAGUAUGUCUGUCUGGCCAGUAAAAACUGCCCAGUGGACAAGAGGAGACGCAACCGUUGCCAGUACUGUCGAUUUCAGAAGUGUCUGAGCGUGGGCAUGGUCAAGGAAGUGGUCCGGACAGACAACCUGAAGGGGAGAAGAGGUCGCCUGCCCUCCAAACCAAAGAGCCCACUGCAGCCAGAGCCAUCUCCCCCCUCUCCUCCCAUCAGCCUCCUCAAUGCCUUAGUGAGAGCAUACUCUCAAUCCACUCCCAGAGAGCUGGACUACAGCCAGUUCAGUGCCACUGACCAGCCCACGGCCUCCUCAGACGCCCAGCACAUCCAGCUCUUCUACCGCCUGCUGACUAGCUCCAUGGAGGUGACGCGGGGCUGGGCCGACCGCCUGCCGGGCUUCUCCGAGCUGCCGCGCGACGACCAGAACCUGCUCAUCGACUCCGCCUUCCUUGAGCUCUUUGUGCUCCGGCUGGCCAACAGAUCCGUUCUCUCAGAGGACAAGUUUGUGUUUUGCAACGGGCUGGUAUUACAUCGGUUCCAGUGCCUUCGCGGGUUCGGGGAGUGGCUGGACUCCAUCCGCGACUUUUCCUCCCACCUGCAGAGCCUUAACCUGGACAUGUCCGCCUUCGCCUGCCUGGCCGCCCUGACCAUGCUGACAGAACAGUGCCCAGGAUUAAAAGAACCAAAGAAAGUGGAGGAGAUCCAGAACAAGAUCAUCUGCUGCCUAAGGGAUCACCUUGGCUUCGGAGCGGGCGUGGCGGUGGGCGGGGCGGCGGCGGCAGCCAAGGGGCCGGCCUCCCUGAGCAGGGUGCUGAACGUGAGGGUGGAGCUCCGCUCCCAGCGCACGCAGGGGCUCCAGCGCAUCUUCUACCUGAAGCUGGAGGACCUGGUGCCGCCCCCGCCUGUCAUUGACAGGUUCCUGGACACCCUUCCCUACUGAUGGUGGGGGGGGCACGCUAGCCACACCCACAGCUCCACCACCCCACACGACUCCCCUUGUCCCCACCCCCCCCCCCAUCCCACCAAAAUCCGGUGUGCAGCAGGGUCACCCUUCUGCUGUACCGGUCCCUCGAAGACGCUCUCGCCACCAGAUGCCCUGAACUAGCACAGAGGGGCGGAGCUCUGGCCCAGAGACACUGAGAGACUCAUUGACUUCUACAGGCCAGAAACCUCGCGGGGUCCCAUGAACCCCUGGUUUUACAUUUCUGACGACAAAAAAAAAAAAAACAAAAAACAAAAAAAACACAAAUCAAUCAACUGCUUUCACUUUCCUUU